AUAAAUUUGUCGUGGGUCCAAACAUAACACUGCUAUUUGUAACAUUCCAACAUGUGGUCGUUAGCUCGCGCUGCUAGCUCAUGUUACAAGUCAUCCAACAUUACACCUGCUUUAAAUGGAUUCCGACAAACCCGAUGGGUAAGCAAUGACAGUACCGGCAACACUUUGUCGUCCCUGCAAGAUAUUCUCGCCGAUGCCAAAUCUGCAAAACCCGAAUCUUCUCUCGGCGAUCGAUUCGACUACAUAACCAAGCCAGGCAGCAGUGCUCAGCAAACUGAGACUGACAAGCCAGAAUUCGAUAUGUCUGGCGUCGCAGCAUACUUGCAGAGCACCUCGUACUUGGGUGAUGGACCAUACCGCCUUCACAUCAACGCUACCUUCAACAAUACCAUUCUGACACUCACCAGCCCAAAGGGUCAGGUUCUGGCAUCUACCUCUGGAGGUACUGCCGGAUUUAAGAAGGCAGCGAGAAGCGGUUAUGAAGCUGCUCAUCAAGCUACUCUUCAGCUCAUCGCGAAAAUGCAGGAGAAGAAUCUUCAAAUCGUCAACUAUCAUAUUAUAUUCAAGGGUUUCGGUCCAGGAAGAGACGCUGCCUUCAAAGCUUUUGUUGCCACCUACGGAAACUCAUGCAAGCAAUUGACAGACGCCACUCCUGUUCCAUUCGGUGGCUGCCGACCCAAGAAGGCACGACGAUUGUAAUCGACUGUGCCUAUAGAUGUUUUUUUUUCCAGCAAUGUUUAUCUUCACUACAAGAACAACAUGAACAAAAAGAAAAAGCUUUUUGGGAAGUUUUUCCCGAAUCUGUCUCUAUUGUAAUUAUAAUCCAUUUUCCUUCGCUUCAUAGAUGUGUCUAGAUAUGUUUAUGUCUACACUAAAAGAAAAUAAAAACCCCUAGGAUUCCCAAAUGUAUAUAAAGCAUUG